AUGCGUAUGCCGUGCAUCGGUGAGGCGUCGCGGCUGUGCGCGCCGCAACUGCAGUGCGUUCUUCUCGCCGUAUUUUAUCUUCACUGCCUCUUUAUACCGGCACUCUUGGGCCAAAACGUCAUUGCGGCUCUCCUCCUUGUUUUGAAUCUCAUAUUUGCCGCACGUUACGAGGGCCAUCGGCUUCGACACCGCACAUCACACGAUGGGGACGCUGGGAAUGACGGCGUUGAGGAUGUCCCGACACGAUUCCCCGCAGGAGAAAGUACGUCGCUGCUUCCAAUUCUUCUUCCCCCUCGAUAUUUGUUGUAUGUGAGUCUCUUUAUUUCCUGCAUCCAGUUGCUUCUUGCCGCCACCCUUGGUUGGCUGCUCGGGCACCCAACUCUGCGACAGGAAGGGACAAAGGCAGUGCUUAAUAGCUUUGGGGUGUGGGGAGGGAAGGACUUCUUCCCACUCACCGUGAACGUCGUGUCAUCUGUCUUUUUAGCUGCCACAAGUGCAGGGCUCUGUGUGAUCCUCCGCCAGCAACACUUUAAACCUUCGCUGGAGCCCAACCGCUCGUUUCAUCGCAGCUCCCUGCUGUGCCUUGCCGUCCUCGCAACGUUUACCUCCUCUACCUAUCCCGCUUACGACCACACGCCCGUGUUUGCUGCGCCUUUCUUGCUUAUGAUCUCAUUUCUGCUUCCACUGUUUCUCCGUGAACGAAUUCGCGUUGUGGAGGUGACCGCGAAAGGGUGUGCUCUGCUGGGCCUCUUACUGCUCGUGGGAGGACUCUCGGCGCAGUCGCCGGUUGUGCAGCGGCUUCUUCUUGAGCACCAAGAGCCUAGUGAGGCGUGGAGCAUCUUGUGGUAUGAGCGCAAUUGGGUAAAGGUAUUUCAACGUGUUACGGUUCUUCGAAAAGGAGUUCAGUUUUUGCUGCUGACGUACACCAUCUUGGCCGCACGCUAUGUACACGGAAGUUGGCGCUGCAUCUCAAUGCGGGAGUUGGAGGAACAUAGGGAAUAUUUUUAUGACCCACCGUUUUUGCUGUGGCAAAUCUUCACUGUACGAUACCCGGCGCAGGUGAAGAGAAUGCAGCGGUUAGUGGGGCAUUACUUACCGCGAGCCACCGUACCAUUAAUGAUAUUUUUAAGCUUUAUGGUCAUGGAUCUCGUGUCCGUCCUGAUGAUUAUAACCUCUCUAUUUGGUUUUGUGUUAUCGUCCGGAGCCUAUGUGGUGGUGCUUCCGUUCUGCUACGUGGCAGUUGCGGCUGGGGUCGUGCUUGAAUUUGUGGCCACCGUAGACAGUCGCUUGCAGCAGCUAUGCUUUAUGGUUUAUGUGGGCACGGGCAUGUCCGCCUUUGUAACACGUCUCGCUCAGUGUGGCGUUAAUUCCCUACUCGUCCUGGCUGUGUGCAUGUUUCGUGCGAAUCCCACUCGAAGGCAAUACAGAGCGCUCGCAGAGAAGAAGGCACACAUUCAAAAGGCAUUUGCUCGUCUUCAUGGCCACCUGGAGGAGACACGGUGGAUGUUUGAGCAGGUGUGCGAUUCUGCCACAGGGACGGUGAGUCGUGGCAGCUUUGCCUUUCUCGUAGGACAGGUGGUGCAGACAACACACCUCAAGGAAACGGACGUGGACUCACUUUGGCGCUUCUUGACGGCAGGUGAGUCGGUUCUCCUGCAUAGUGGCCCAGAAGUAACCCCAACGGGAAAUCAGGGUGCCUUGGACGCUGUAGUGAAUUCCGACACGGUACGCAACCCGCCAAGCAACCUCCCCACCGCUCGCAAUGGCGAGCGAGAGGCCUCGGUGCGGUGCGCGGAGUCAACCGGCGGCGUCAGAGACGAUGGCAACGAAGAAGCAGCAGCGGAUGUGGAGGCCUGGGAUAAAACUAAAAAACGUUGUAGUCCCAGUUGUUGCACGGGUGCUGUGGAGGGAAGGUGCACAUCUGGGGAGAAGGAAGUGUUGUCGAGGGAAGCAUUCACAACGACCCUGGUCCAAGGCCUUCAGUCUGUGGAGGAGUACGUGCGCCAUGCUGGGCCCGCAGACAACUCGGAAGAUGAAAGUCGACGGCAGCGCCGAUGGUGGCCAGGGCGACGCACCGAUGCGUUCUGCUCUACAAGGUGUGCCGCUGGGUCACCUGGUGGCAGCAUCGCCUAUCUUGAUUUUCUUGUGUUGGUGAGUGAGGUUGAGUCGUACCGAAUGCAACACUGUAGCAGAGCGUAUGUGGCGGCAGCAAUGCUAAGGCAAAUUAUUUACCUCAACACCUCAACACUUUCCCUUGUUGCCAUGUUCGCUGUCUCUAUGGCAGUUCAACAGCUGGAUAUCCUUAACGGCAUGUACCUGUUAUUUUUUCUUGGUCUGGCGUGUGCGCCACGGUAUAUCUUGCACUGUUGGCCUAUCAUAGUUGCAUACACGACGCUGCAUAUUGCAGGCCUUUUUAUCGUCAUGGUCUACAACGCCAGCUAUCAUCCAAAUGUUGCACCUUCUGCCUGGAUGGAGGUCACUGGCAUCUUCAUUAGCAGGAACCCUUUUCUCCUGCUGGUGUACUUUUUCCUGCUUCUGCUGGCGGUGCUGCAAAUGCGGUUUUCGAGGCGAGAAUUGAGUGCGGAGUUCACCAUUCGAGAAGUACUUGAGCGAAUGGAAUGGCGCUGCUACAUGGCAUGUGCCUUUUUCCCACAGUUUCACCAAAAUGUAUUGAUUUUGUCAACAGCCCUUCUUCUUGUGAUGAUGACGCUGUUCAUUCCUCAUAAUGUGUUUAUUGCCGGGUUUGCGCUCCUGUUCCUCCUCUACCUCUCCCUCGGUGCGUAUUCGCAGCUUGCGGAGAGUGGCACGCUGCUCGUGCUGGGGAGCUACAACGUCAUGGUGUUGUUUAUCAGUGCCCUCUACCACGUUCCAGUCAUCUCAAACGCUUUUGCUGAACAACUUUCUCAUGUUGCCGUCUGCCAUAACAUCACGGUGCGGAACUGUGCCUUGGAAGUUGGUCUCUCACUGAAUAAUCAAUUUGGUGCCGUCUCGUUGGAACUUCUUCCGUGGUAUCUGGCGGCGGCACUUUGUGUUGCGCUUUGCCGGCAUCGGUUCGGGGCCCUUGCACGAGGCAGAAAUAGACGUCAGGAGGAAGGCGACCACGGCAGAGGUGCAGAAGCGAUGGAAGAUCUGAAUGCGCCCCUGAUUGCGAGCCGUGGCAGGGCGCGUGAGGAGGAAGAAGAAGACGACGCGGAGGAGGAGGUGGAAACAAUGAGGAGCAAUCCUGCCCUGCAUGCGGGGAACUCGUUUAUGCAAAACGACGGGGAAAAUUGGAUGGAGUUGUUUUUCUGCAGCUACAUAGAAAUGCGCGGUACUUUUCUUGGGCGCUGUGUUCCAUUGGCUUUUGAGGUCUCACGGUACCUUUCCCUUGGCCUUGCCUGCAUUCGCAAGCUGGGCGCAAGAAGGGGUGAGCUGCUGCUGUGGGCCUCGCUCUUGUAUGCGAGUUUAGCCGACUUUUCCGUCCUGGGGGCGGCCUUCAUGGCACUCUUCUUGACCGACUCCCGCGGCAUACCUGUGGUGAUUGUUGCUGUUGCUAGCAUGGCGCUGAAUUACGUGUAUCCGUUUUUCUUUAUUCCGGAGGUUCCUCUCUCUGCCAGUGCCAGCCGCUUCUUUGGUCUGCAGAAACGUGAGAGUGGAGAGAGAUGGAGUAUUCUGUCGCCCCUCCUGGUCUGCGCCGCGGCGGUGUUUUACGCGCACACGAAGAAGUGCCGAAGCGAUCGGCAUCAACAGGACGCGCAGCGACAAGGGCGAAUGAGUGAGAAUCCACGUCAUCGCGUCCAUGCAGCGCAUGAUGAGAUGCAGUCGACGCAUAAAAACGAAGAGCUUCGAACAACGUAUGUGCCGUUUGCGGACUCUCAGGAGCAGAGCGAGACGGUGCGUGGAGUGCGUGCGCCCCAAGUUGGCUUUGUUACCCUCCACCAGCACCUGAUUUUUAUGUGGAGUUACUUUCGAACCCGAUUUUUGCUGGAUGCCGCCUUUGAAUUAACGGUUCUUGUUGUAGUACUCGGUCUCGCCCUUACGCUGGAUCAUGCUACGGGCCUGGUUUUUAUUCUUGAGUUUUUUCUGAUGUGGUUAAUUGGGCGUGUGCGGAGUACGACAGAGUUCCGCUACGCAAUGCCCCAGGAGCUUCUCAUGGUGCUCGCGCUGGCUGGCUCCUACCUUGUCCGCCUCGGGCUGCCGGAGGGGUGGGUAGGCGUUUCCGUCCUGCACCCAGAGGAGUGUGGUGCGUGGGACCACUACUUUGGCUGCCGUCUUCCGCUGCACCACUUUGUCCUCAUGACUGCAGUAGUGGUGAUGCAACGCUGCAUGCGACAGGGGAUUGCGGAGGUGCGGGCAACCAUUCCAUCUGUGGAGGGCGCCCUUGAGCUCGGAGAGCUCCUCUGCAAGAAGGCAAAAGCGGUGGAGGACUGCCAGAAGCUUCUCCGCGCCGACAUCGAAAACGUCCUGCCUGUCUCCUCACGCGACAUUAUAAGAAACCCAAGGACACUGUUUGAGCUCGUAAUUUCUCUGUCUUGCGUGUUUUUACCAGCUGCGGCACUUGCAUUCGUGCAGGGCGUCGCGAUGUCGUCACUGCUGGGAGUCUUGGAAAUUGUGGCCUCGCUCUGGAUCCUCACCUUCAAGCGGUACCUUGCGUGGCGUUCGCACAAAAUUUGGCCCUUCUUUACGCUGUUUCUCUUUCUGACCUUUGUCCCCCAGCUUGUGGCGCGUCUUCCACUGUCGCCUCCGGCUAUGACCCGCACAGGGAACUUGAUGUUUUCCCUUGGCUUCUCUCCCUGGUCGCAGGGGACCAUCGUGGGACAGGCGCUGGUGCUCUUCUUGGCGGUGGUGCAGCAACGCUUCUUCAGUGAGUUCUUCUUUGCGGCCUACCUCAUUGGCCUCUGCAAGGGCUCGUUGGCGGCUGUGGGGCGGCACAAAGAGAUGAUCGGCCAUUUUCGUCGCAGGGACGCGGCGAUGCGGCGUCAAAUACACACGCAGGAGGCGGCACUGAGGCGGAAACUGGAAGAGCUUUUCGCGGAACGAAACAUGCACGCGCGCCGCGUCGAACCCGAAACUGAGGCCCCGACGGUCACGGGGAGGGAGGACGACGAAGCAGAAAAGGGGGAGAAAAGAGGGGAGCUCUCAAGUGGAAGGGUGUGGCUCCCCACAGCGGGGAGUUCGCGUGCUAGGAGUCCAUGGAGUGCCGCGUCGCGGUCAGACACCUGCCUUGACGCGCCGAAGACAACAGAAGAACGCCAGUCCGAGACGCAUCAACAGGCGCCCACGGGGGCGGACGCUGGUUGCCCUGGCCCCGCGUCCAACGGGGAGGCGAGUGACGGUGCCGCGGAAAAAGUUGCCUCCCCCAUCCACGAAGAAGAUAAGGAGGGGAUCUUUGGUAAAUUGUCGGAGGCGAUCGGAGAGUGGUUGGAGCAGCUCGUGCAGUAUCUUUCCUCCCGCACGUAUCGCGGAAAGGCGCCUCGACGGACAUACUCCCAGGGCUACCGCCUACUGGUUGCAUUCACGCAAUUCCUAUUGCGUAGAUCGUCCCACGUGUGCUACAUUUUGUUCAUGCUUAACUAUGCGCUUAGCGGCACGCUGCUGGAUAUGCUCCUCUCCCUCUCUGCAGCACUCUAUGGCAUGCUUAUUUUGCCGUGGUCGGGGCGGUGCUACUGGCGAAAUGCCCUCAUCUAUAACGUUGUCUCCAUUCUUGCCAAGUGUGUCAUGCAAGUCGUUAUUCAAAAUUUUGCCAUUCAUCCCACCGUGCUGUAUUUGCUCUCUGCCUCUGUGUUGGACAUUGGCCUGGACCGAACCGCGCCCUCCUCUCGUGCCAUGACGCUGGAUAUUGUGAUGGACUUUAUUGUCUUUCUCGGCAUCAUUCUGCAUCUACAGCUGUGCUCCGAUUACGGCGUAUUUGCCAAAGAGCAUGAACUGGCACGCAGACCCAGCGAGGGUGAGGAAGAAGCAGGGGAAGUCCACAAACCUCAUCCUCACCGUGAACAGGGAAACGCGGCGAGCAGAAGUGGGUCUUUCGAUGAGGAUGCGGAGAAGUGUGACCUUUCGCGCGCUGCGGGUACGAUGUCUGAAGAAGAACGGACACAUCAAACACCUUCAGCUCAGAAUUUGAAGACGAAUACUAAAGAGGGGGAGAGCACUAGUAUUAAUACUAACAAUAAUGACUAUAAUGGUAGUGGACAUUACUCCACGUAUCAAACAUGGCGAGACAGGGCCACCCACAAAAGCGGAGUGGUGCAUAAUUACUGGAGCAAUGUAUGUACGCGUCACGGAACCGGAUCCGACUGCUACACGCUUCAAUUCUGGUCGGACAGCGUAUCGCUUAUUGCUUUUGCUGUGGUUUACUUUAUUCUAGCAGGUGAUUCUAGUGGUAGCAUUCUCCACAGCGUGCAGCAGGAUCUUCUUCCUGGACCACUCGUACUCAUCCUCUUUGUGGGUGUUUUGUUGGUGGCAGCCGAGCGUAUCGUGUAUGUGUUGCAUUCGGUUCAGCUCAAAUUCGGCCUUCAUUUUCUGACAACGCUGGCGUACCAUUGUCUCUUCAUGGCCUGGCGUCUCACACUCGCCCAUCGUACCACCACGCCAGCAGUCAUGCUUCUGUUAAUAAGGUUUUUUUCCUUAAUAAUGAGCGCCUUGCAGUUGCAGCAGGGGUUUCCGCUUCACCGUAAGCACGACCCUUUCACAACACAUACGAACAUUUUCCAUUAUUUGGGUCAUGUUGUGUAUCGUUCCAUACCAUUCCUCUUUGAACUACGGCUUUUGCUCGACUGGUCGGUGUCCCCCACAGCGCUGAAGUUGCAGCACUGGAUGUUCCUCGAGGAUGUGCACCACACAGUGUAUAUGCGCUACGUCGACAUCAGCGACUUGGCGUGGACAAGCCCCAAGAAGGGACGCCAAUUCCCCUUCCUGGUCAGAGGUUACCAAGGCGUUGUGGGUUUCGCCGCGUGCCUCCUCGUCUUAUUCUUUCCUCUGGCGUUGUACUCCACCUUUAGCCCAAACGUUGCUCCGAACCUGGUGAAGUCAUGGCGGACAAAGAUGCUAUUUGGUACAACGUCACACUUUUACGCGGCCGAAGGCACCGAUGUUCCUCUUUCGCCUACCGUGCUUCCCGAACUUUGGAAUGCGCUACCGAUGCUGCGGCAGGAUGGGUACGGAUCCGGCGGCUUGUUGCAGCUGCUGGUGUUCCCAAGCUGCAGUGCCGAGGUGUGGAGUGCCACGCCGGAAACACGACUGCUGUUGUUAGGUCAGCUCAACGCGGCCGCAAAGAACGAGACCGUGUUUGUCAUACAUAAGCAGGAUGACGUCGUGCGGAGGGUGGCCUCCGCAGGGGCGACACGACGGCUUCGUGUCAGACGGCAGUACGUGGUUCCGUGGGGUGCCGUGGUAAGGCUGCGGGACGCAUUGGAGAAGCUGCACCUUUUGCACGCUUCGCGACGUUUGAGAGACGAUGAGGAAAGGUCUAAUUCCACAGCCACGCUGAGGUAUGAGGCUAGCGAGUGGAUACCUUUACCGCAGUUUUAUGAUCCGUUUGUGGACAACUUACCAAGUGCUGUGGUGGUGAAGGAGAGGGUACGGGGGGAGUGCGAGGUACAGCUCAACAGUGUUGGGGGCAGUGACGGCAAAGCUCCUCCAGUUUUGUAUUGGUGUGUCCGUUGCCGCCGCUUUGCGAAUCUGACUGGCGGCCCAACCGACAUGGCAUGGAAUGGGGAUGGCGUGAAGCAAAUUGGAUCCGCGUCUGAGGCGGGUGCGGCAAGACGAAGCAAGGCACCGUGGAUGAGGGCGACCAACGAGAGUAAUAUGACCAAUCUUUUUGAGGUUGUGGCAUCGUCAGAUGUUGCUCUUGAUUCCUCCCUUGUGUUUCUGCCUAACACGGGGAUCAUUGCGCUCUACACAACCUUUAUUUUGGCGCUUGGGACGUUUCUGCGCAACGCUGUCACGGGCUAUGCGCAUCGUGUGGUGUUGAUGCAAGUGGCAAAUCCCGACCCCAUUGCGGAGUUGCUGCGAUACAUUUACAUGACACGGUCCUUGGCCAGUAAUGGUUACGUGGACAGUCUUUUACUGGAGCAGCAGCUCUUUUUUGAGCUAGUGGAUAUGCUUCGCUCGCCCGAGCGUGUGUUGAGCCUCAGUGGUCGCCGCGUGAAUGACUACGACGCCUGUGGCAGAUUUCAGAAUCAACUAAAGAAGUCAAGUGAAAGCCCGUUUUGA